AUGUCUAAAGCACAAAUACUGAGAUCUUUAGUCAACCAGCGACUCACUGCAGCUGCUGAAGAGAUAUUUGAGCUGUUUGAAAGAACGAUAGCAGAGCACGAGGAGGAACUUUCUCGUUCUAAAGAGGAGAACGAGCGACAACGGAAACUCCUGGACGCUGUUUUCAACCCUCAGCUUCGGUUACACAGAGCAGACGUCCAGCAGCUGUUGGUGGUUAAAGAAGAGGUUCCCCCUGAGCAGCAGGAGUGGAGCUCCAGUCUGGACCAGGAGGAGCCAGAGCCCCCACACAUUAAAGAGGAACAGGAGGAACUCUGGACCAGUCAGGAGGGAGAGCAGCUUCAAGGACUGGAGGAGGCUGAUACCAAGUUCUCAUUCACUCCUGUGAAGAGAGAAGAAGAUGAAAAGGAAGCUCAGCCCUCACAGCGUCAUCAAAGACAAACUGAACAGAUGGAAACAGAAGCUGAUGGAGAGGACUGUGGAGGACCAGAACCAGACAAGAACCCAGAUUCAGAUAGACAUUUACAACUAUCUAGUAUUGAAAAGGCCUCACAAUGUUACAAACAAGAAACUGAAGUCAGUGAUGAUUGGAAUGAGACCAGUGAACCUCAGUCAGGUUUAAACUUUCUGAAAAAUAACGAAUACAAUUCUUCAGAGAAAUUAUUUUGCUGCUCUGAGUGUGGUAAACGAUUUAACCAAAACUCGAAUCUUAAGACACACAUGAGAACUCACACAGGAGAAAAACCAUUCAGUUGCUCAGUUUGCGGUAAGAGAUUUGGUCAGAAGGCUCAUCUGCAGAACCAUUUGAAAUGUCACACGGGGGAAAAACCUUACAGCUGCUCAUUUUGUAAUAAAUGUUUUGCUCGGAGUGAACAUUUACAGUUACACAUGAGGACCCACACGGGGGAGAAACCAUUCAGCUGCAACGUUUGUGGCAAAAGAUUCACAUGGCUUGGUCAGUUCAAAAGCCACAAGUGUGGCGGUGAAUCCUCACAGUUUCAUGAGCUCUGGACCGGUCAGGAGGGAGAGCGGCUUCAAGGCCUGGAGGAGUUUCAUACCGCCAAAUUCCCAUUCCCUCCCGUCGCUGCAAAGAGUGAAGAUGAUGAGGAGAGGCCUCAUUCCUCACAGCUUCAUCGAAGACAUGCAGAGGACUGUGGAGGACCAAGACCAGCCAGGAACUCAGAUCCAGAUAGUCUUGAGUCACACACACUGACAUAUAAUUCUUUCAUUGGACACUUCUGGUGACGUUGCCGUGUUGUUGAUCCUGUUUUUAACUUAAAAUUUCAGAUUGUGAUAAAGAGUUAGCAGGUAGCAUGUCAGUUAGCAAUUAGCAUUGAUUAUUACAGGUAAAGGUCCUGCAUUGAAAAUGUUCCUUCCAGUCAAAGUAUGGAAGUAUAAUCAGUAAAAUAUACUAACUAAAUAUCUAUUUAUUAAAAGUAUAAAAAGUGCCCACCAUGACUAUUAUAUAUUCUAUCAUUCGAUUAUUAUUACUCAUGCAUUCACAAUGUUGUUUUAUUUAUACAUUCAUGUUAUUAAAAGGAAAAGCAGCAUUGUCACAUUUGUAAAGAUGGAACUUUUAAAUGUUCUUGCAUGAAAAUGACUUCAACCAUCAAAAAAGCUUCCAAUUAAUGUUUUGUCAAUCGAUUGAUUGAUUAAGAAUACAAUAGUUUCAGCUGUACUAAAAUUUUAACAAAAAUGAUUUCAUAAACUCUUCAUAUAUAUUGUGUGCAAACAAGUACUAAUUUUUAACUGAAGUGAAUGUGAAAAAGCUACAGCGCUAAAUGUUUGUGAGGCUUCAGCUAAGUCUGUAUAUCAAACCUGCAGCCUGCUGGACA